CCAUAGAAAGACGGGUCGGGUGUGACGUCACUGUCCAAGAUGGCGGCGGUGGUCGGCGUCUCCUUGAAGCGCAGUCUUGUACCGGGAGUCGCUCUAUUCCCCGGGUUCCGAGUACAGACGUGCCGAGGGGCUCAGACAGCAACUGCAGCAGCUCCCCGCCUCAAGAAAUUUGCCAUCUAUAGAUGGGACCCAGACAAGCCUGGAGAUAAGCCCCGGAUGCAGACAUAUGAAAUUGAUCUGAACAGAUGUGGCCCGAUGGUUUUAGAUGCCUUGAUCAAGAUUAAAAAUGAGAUGGAUGCCACACUGACCUUCCGAAGAUCAUGCCGAGAAGGCAUCUGCGGUUCCUGUGCAAUGAAUAUCAAUGGGGGCAACACACUGGCUUGUACCAGAAGAAUCGACUCCAACCUCAGCAAAGUCUCCAAAAUCUACCCUCUUCCCCAUAUGUAUGUGAUGAAGGAUCUGGUCCCGGAUUUGAAUAACUUCUAUGCCCAGUACAAAUCCAUUCAGCCUUACUUGAAGAAGAAGGAUGAAUCCCAAGAGGGCAAGGAGCAAUAUCUUCAGUCCAUAGAAGAUCGAGAGAAAUUGGACGGGCUCUAUGAGUGCAUUCUCUGUGCCUGCUGUAGCACCAGCUGCCCCAGUUACUGGUGGAACGGAGACAAAUACUUGGGACCCGCAGUCCUCAUGCAGGCCUACCGCUGGAUGAUUGACUCCAGGGACGACUUCACAGAGGAGCGGCUGGCCCAGCUCCAGGACCCGUUCUCUUUGUACCGAUGUCACACCAUCAUGAACUGCACCAAGACCUGCCCUAAGGGGCUGAAUCCAGGAAAAGCCAUAGCCGAAAUCAAGAAGAUGAUGGCCACCUACAAGGAGAAGAAGGCGAGCGCUUAGCUGCCCCCACGGCCCUGACUUGUAACCCACGGAGCUGAACCUAAUUUAUAUCUGAUUUGACUCCCGGGCCCUGUUUUUCCAAGAGUAGUGCAUGUCCAAUGAGCGAGAAAUGAAUAAAGAACAUACUACUUUAUAACAAAA